GCGUGCUGAGCGACGCGGGCGCCCGCCGCCAGCACGUCGUGUGGCUGGACGCGCGGGGCUCGGCCGCGGCCAGGGCGCCGGCGCACCGCUCGGCGCGCCCCUUCAUGGUGCCGGCGGAGCGCGCGCGCAUCAACAUCACCAUCACCUUCGAGCUGGUGCAGGAGGACCGGCCCUGCGUCAACAAGAAGGAGGGCGACCAGGUGGCGCGCGACGACCCGUGCCACUACUGCCACGACUCGUGCUUCUGGGAGCGCGCCGAGCUGCAGGUCUGGGAGAACAAGCAGGCCACGAUGCUGGCACCGCUCGGCCACCGCUACGCCGACCUGCAGUGCGGCGACCAGCACCAGUACAAGCUGCUCAGCGGCACGGACCACUUCGAGGUGCGCGGCUCUGAGCUCUGGAGCCGCGCCAUGCUGGACAGGGACGUGGUGCCCGUGGCCGGCGCGCAGGGCGGCCCGGGCCCCGCCGUCGUCCUGGCCGUGGAGUGCCGCACGUCCUGGGGCGUCGUCGAGCAGCGCAACGUCAGCGUCGUCGUCCUGGACGAGGACGACAACGCGCCGGAGCUCGAGAAGCCCGACGAGCGACUCGAGUUCAACUUCAGCACCGAGGCCUCGCUGGCGCGGGGCGCGCACAUCCUCGUCAAGGACAUGGACUCCCGCGCGGCCAACCGCUUCAGCGACCUCGCCGUCGACGACCCGAGCGGCGUCGUCACCAGCAAGAAGCUCGAGUUCGACGUGAGCCACGGCGGCGUGCCGCACACCGUGGUCAGCGUGCGGCUGCAGGUCAAGGACCCCAUGGCGACCAAGUACAACGUGACCCUCACGCUCACCGACCUCACCCUGCUCGACGAGAGCAAGAGAGAGCUCAAGCUGACGGCGACCUUGUGGGGCCCGCCGCUCACGCCGCCCGUCGCCAUGUCGAGCAGCGACAAGGACAAGGCCGACAAGCCCCGGACACGCAGGCGCGCCCGCGAGAUUAAGACACUGCAGAAAGGGGAGGAGAACGCGGUGCCAGAUAAGCCGGUGGCGCUGGCCGCCACCUCCGCCGACGGCCAGCCGGCCCCCGUGACGCUGUGGACGCACGCCGCGCAGCACGCCCGCGUGGCGCAGGUCGGCCGCGCCGGCGACGGCAGGGCGUACCGCCUGGGCUCCGAGCCGCCGGCCUGGGCCAACGUCACCGAGCGGGCCGGCAUCCUCUACGUGCAGAACCGCAGCCUGCUGCAGCAGCAGAAGAGCCCAGCUCGCGUCGUCGUGCAGAUCCUCGACGACGAGGGCCGCAGCCUGCUCGUCCCGGUGACCCUGGAGGCCGGCGGCGGGGACUCGCCGCGCAACUGCACCCUCUCGCACGAGACCACCUGCGGCCAGUUCUUCAACAAGGCGGAGUGCCACGCGGGCUGCGGCGCGGGAUCCGGCAGCGGGCUGCGGGGCGAGUGCGUGUGGCGAGAGGCCGUCCUGACCGACCCGAAGCCGUUCGCGACGUGCUCGCCGCACCUGCCCACCUGCCCCGACGGCGAGUGCGACCCGCUCGAGGCGCUGAGCGAGCACGUCUGUCCCCAGGACUGCACGGAGAAAGUCCUGAUGGGGGAGAAGUGCGAGAAGAAGGGCAACGAGGCAGAGGCGAGAGGCUUGUGCAAGUGCUUGGACCACGGACCACAGGUGAUCGAGUGCUCCGAUCACCACUGCGCUUGCUAUCCUUACAAACUAACCGACCGGAAAAACACUGCGCACAAAGACAAAAAAAAGAUGAGAAAGCAGAAAACAAAUGAAGCCUCGGGGAACUCGUCGGUCAACUCGACGACAACGACGGAGAGGGCCGAGUCGCUGCGGAAGAGCUGCGGGUCCGGCUGCCAGGCGGCCAUCAUGUCGGUGAUCGUGGUGUCGCUGGCGUGCGUGCCUCUGUACGCCUACUGCCUGAACCGCUACCGCUCCAAGCGCGCCCCAGGGCUGCCCGAGCGCGCCGGCAGCGAGUACCAGCUCCACAGCGUGUACCGGCACGACGGCGGCGACCUGCAGGCGGCGGCCCCGCCCCCGCGCCGCACCAGCAACGUGGACCCGCGCUGGGAGGUGCACCGCGGCCGCCUCACGCUGCACGAGGAGAUCGGCGCCGGCGAGUUCGGCCGCGUGCUCCGCGGCGAGCUGGUGUCCGAGACCCACGUCUCGGUGACGGUGGCCGUCAAGACCCUGCGCGCCUCCACCGGGCCCGGGUCGCCCGAGCUGCGCGACCUGCUCUCCGAGCUGGAGCUGCUCAAGGACGUGGAGCACCCCAACGUGAUCCGGCUGCUGGGCGCGUGCACCGACCCCAGCGGGCCGCUCUACGUGCUGCUCGAGUACUGCAGCCAGGGCUCGCUGCGGGGCUACCUGCACCGCUGCCGCUGGAGCGACAAGGAGGACGACGACGAGCAGCGCAAGAACAAGGACCCCGACGACAAGCGGGACGAGGAGAAGAGGCCGUCCAUGACUCCCAGGAAGAUCAUCGGCUUCGCCUGGCAGAUCGCAAAGGGCAUGGACUACCUGGGGCAACUCAAGCUAGUGCACCGGGACCUGGCCUCUAGGAACAUCCUCCUCAACGAGAACCUCGUGUGCAAGAUCUCGGACUUUGGUCUGUCGAGGGACGUCUACGUGGACGAGGCAUACUGCAAGCUGAGCGCCGGCAAAGUGCCCGUCAAGUGGAUGGCGCCCGAGUCGCUGCUCAUGCGCGUGUACACGAGCAAGUCGGACGUGUGGAGCUUCGGCGUGCUGCUGUGGGAGCUGUGCACGCUGGGCGGCGCCCCGUACUCGGGGGUGGCGCCGCACGACAUGGUGGCCCUGCUGGCGGCCGGCCAGCGGCUCGCGCGCCCCGAGCACUGCAGCCGCGAGCUGCACCGCGUCAUGCAGGGCUGCUGGCAGGCCGAGCCCCAGGAGCGGCCGCACUUCAGCCAGCUCGUCACCAUCCUGGACGGCAUGCUGGCGCGCGGCUCCGGCUACCUCGACCUGGACGCGCGCAUGGUCCUCAACCCCGAGUACUUCGACGAGCAGCAGCAGCCGCAGCUGCAGCGGCUGUGCCCGCCGUGCGGAGACGCUGCGCUGCUCCAGCUGGUGGAGGCGCCGCGGUACGAGAACGCCGCGGGCCUCGCCACCACCUCCUGAGGCGGAGAGAAUAAGAUGGAGAGCGGGAGAGAGGGAGAGAGUCACUGCGAAGAGACUGAUCCAAAACGUUUGGUACCCAAACAAACACAUAAGAAGCAACAACCAACUGUGAUAAUUAGACGAAAUGUUGUUUUCCCCCCUGCGUACCUGUUUACGGCGCCUUAGCGACGUAGCCCUUUAAAAAAAGACUCGUACAAAGAUUUUCAAAUAAUAGAUUAAAGGUGUUUUUGUUCACUGUACUAUUUGUGAAAAAUAAAUG